CUGUUUCGUUAAUGACUCGUGUGGUCUGUGGGCUUGAGAGUAAAAUAGCCAUUUUAAGACACUACGCUGUGCAUUAAGAUCGUGUUAUGGCUAAAAAAGCAUAUGAUUUGCUCUUUAAAUUGUUACUGAUUGGUGAUUCUGGCGUUGGGAAAACUUGUAUAUUAUUUAGAUUCUCUGAUGACGCCUUUAAUACGACUUUCAUAUCCACUAUAGGUAUUGAUUUCAAAAUUAAAACUUUAGAUAUUAAAGGAAAGAAAAUUAAGUUACAAAUUUGGGAUACUGCUGGUCAAGAAAGAUUUUAUACAAUUACUACUUCCUAUUACAGAGGAGCUAUGGGCAUUAUGCUCGUUUAUGACAUUACAAAUCCAAAAAGUUUUGACAAUAUUGCCAAGUGGCUACGAAAUAUUGAUGAGCAUGCCAAUGAAGAUGUAGAAAAAAUGAUUUUAGGUAAUAAAUGUGACAUGGAAGACAAAAGAAUGAUCAGUAAAGAAAGGGGAGAGGCUAUUGCUAGAGAACAUGGCAUACGGUUUUUAGAAACAAGUGCAAAGGCCAAUAUCAAUAUUGAAAGAGCAUUUAGGGAAUUAGCUGAAUCAAUUUUGAAUAAGCAAAUGGCUGGUAAGGAACAAACAGAUUAUCCAGACAAAGUUCGUGUCACAACGCAAGAUAUAAGGGGUAUAAGAAAAUGUUGCUAGGGUAUAUAGUUCACCUGCCUUUCUUCAUCCAUACACCUGCUGUUUGGAAAAUCUGCUUGCAGUACUCCAUACAAAUUAAUACAUUUUGUAUUUGCCUGGCUGGACCUGUUUGCCUUAAAGGCCAUUCAACCUCAAACUGUGCAUUAAUUAGUCUGCCAGGCUCCUGUUGCCGCUAUUGAUUUGAAAGGCACGGGCCCAAAAGCCUGACAUAUGCCAUUAUUCUAUAGGAAAAUGAUAUUCCAUUGUAUGAAAUUUCGUCUCGCCAUUUUGCAAGGGAAAAAGAAAUUACCACAAAACGAAACCGCAAGUUCAUGUGCUUUCCUCGUUGAUAGCAUCGUUUUUUAUACGUUGGAUAUUUUAUCUCCUUAUGUUUGUUUCUAGUUUUUAAACUUUUCCUUUCUCUCAUAUGUGUGGUUCAAUAGUUUUGUAACAUAAAACUUUGUUUUAAUGUUUUGCUCUCAUGUGGAAAGUUACGAAUUUUAUGCAAAAGCGACUUUUAUAUGGUAAUACGGCAAUUUAUUUUAUGUUUACCCUCAAAAAUAUUGCCUGAAAAAAUAAUUUUGCAUCUUUCUACUGCUACAUCCCUGAAACUGCACAGACUUUGUAAAUAGCGAAGAGAUGAUGGUCCAUUAAAAAUGCAGGCAUAUCUGUGGAGUGUAACUAUGAGUUUUGCUGUAUUUGAAAAGCGAAUUUGAAAUCAAAACUUGUUCUGUAUAUUACACAAAAGCUUUAGAGGAAAAAUAAUAUUUUGUGAUUAUUGGUUUGUUAGCCCUCAAAUGUAAAAACAUUUUAUUUCUGCAAAAACAUUAAAAGUAUCCAGUUUAAGUAUGAAAUAUUCUAUGCAUUACCUUAUUUAUAUAGUAUUUUAAUUAUUUUCUUCAGCAGUUAUCUGUUGAAUUGAAAAGUGAUAUUGAUAUACAUUUUGUACUGCAUCCUGCAUGUAUAUGUUUUCAUUGAUUAGUGGCAUUUAUCUUUUGUUGUGUACCUUGCAUAAGGUUCAUACAUACUUUACGAAACUAUUUAUAGGUUUCAAAAUAUUCGAUGGCAUUUAAUGCAAGAGAAAGAAGUACUCCUGAAGAUCUUUAUAAUUCUAGCCAUUUGGCAGGAAAUUUUUUUUUAUCCCGUUCCGUCACUCACUUGAUUUGACUUUAGUACAAUGAAUUAUUAUUAUUAUGUAGAGAGAACUAUUGUAGUAUUAAGCAUUGAAGGAAUACUUCUUUUAACAACUGAAAUCAUGAACUUGUAGAAGAAAGUACCAGCCACAACAUUGAACUAGAAAAGAGCAGUGUGUUUAAUUUGAAUUUAUUUUCCUACGAAGCAAAUAACAAUAAAAUGGAAUUGAGGUUUGAAUUUUGGUUGCUGCUACAUAAAUUCAGAGAACUGCUCACCGAUUCAAGAUUUGUACGAAUCCCGCUUUUUAGAGUACUGUAUAAAGAAAGUUCCUUUGUGUUGCUCAGUCUUCUGCUGUGGAAUUUUUCCAGCGCAUAUUGCAAGAAAAUAAGACUUUUGAGAACUUUUAAAUAUGUAUGAUGCUUGUAUAUAAGAGAAAUGUUUAUUUAAUGUUUAUUCUGCAAAUAUACAUAAACUUGACUGUAUUUUAAAUUUUUAUACAUUUAUUUAAAAAUGUAGAAGCUUAUAUGUAUUGUUACCGGGGUAACUUAGGCUUUUGCGGGUAACGUUGGCGUAACAACCGAAAAAAGAUUGUCUACACUGUGUUAGGCAUUGUAUUUAGACCCUUGUUAAGUGAUUAUCACUAAACAAGGGCACUAUAGGUGGCAGCACUGGCUUGACUUAAUCAUUACGGAGAGUACUGAUUGACAUUUUUUGUUUGUUGGGCCAAUGUUACACAAAAAGGCUAAAGUUGCCCGAGUUGACGGUAUGUGAAAUAAUUUUCAGAUUUCUUUGUUUAUAAAAUUCAUGGUUUGGUUCUAAAAACUUUUUAUGUUGCUUUUUUUCUCUAGCUUAUUCUUUUGCAUAAUAUGAAAGUAAUAUACAACAGAUGUUUUUAAAGUAAGUACCAUUUUGAAAUAAAAAAUAAACAAGUACAGGCAGAGCAAAGAAAUUUAUUGCACAAAAUCUAUGAGCCAUAUGCAAUUUCUCCACAUUGCUCCUGUGAUUUUCCAAGCAUUUGUAAUAGCUUGGUACAGGUUUUUGUAUACCUAUUUGUAGAACGUGGCCGCUUGUGUAGUCAACCAUGGGGUAACAUGUUCUCUGAGCUCAUCAUUGAUAUUGUGCCAUGGACGGCUAAGGAAAGACUCCAGAUGCCAAGACAAAUGAAAGUUGCUGUGAGUGAGGUCGGGGCAAUCCGGAGAAUGUUCAAAAAACGUUCCAGCCAAAGCCCUGUAAGAGUCCUCAUGGUUGACUGCUCAGGUGGCAACUUUCUACAAAUAGGUAUACAAAAACUUGUACCACACUAGGAUAAAUGCUUGUAAAAUCACGGGAGCAAUGUCGAAAAAUAGCAUAAGGGUGGUAGAUUUUUGUGCAAUAAAUUUCUUUGCUCUGCCUGUACUUGUUUUUUUUUUUUUUUUUUUUUCAAACCGGUACUUACUUUAAAAACAUCCCUUGUAUAUGCUAAAAAUUGCUUUCUAAAAUUUAUUUAUCUUUAAAAAAGAAUACCUAGUGAAGAGAAAUUGUUCAUUUCAUUUGUAGUUUAUUACUGCAUUGGUUACAUUAAAGUGUUCUCCUAAUAACUUUACCAGACAUUUUUGAAAGAUUGAUUUUUUUUAAUAACGUUAUUUAUUAUUAUUAUUAUUUUUUUGUAAUUUUAGAAAUGUUGCAUCAGAAUAGAUAUUCUUUGUAGAAAAUAAACUGUCCAUUAAGCUAAGCAAAAUGUGAAUGUGAUCAGGUAAUUCACUUGAGUUAUUAUUUUUUUAAAACUUAGAUCAGAUUGAAAAGCAUUUCAGAAACUUAACGUUGUUUUCUACUAAAAUUAUCCAUGAGCGUUUUCCUGUUCAGUCAUUUGUUUAUUGUUUGAGCAUUUUUUUCCCAAAAUUUGUUCUAAAUUUUCGUUCACUUUUUAUUGCCUAUGUUGUACUUGAUGUGAAGUGUUACAUUGCUCACAAGUUUGUCUUUCAUGUAUUUUGCAAAUUUUGUAGUUUUAUUUAUUUUAAUAGGAAUUUCUUUGGAAUGUGUAAGUGUUUCAAUAGAUCUGCCUUUGUUGGAUUUUUUUUUUUUUUUUAAGUUCUCCAUUGCUUUUUCAAUAUUUUCUUAGCAUGUGUCUAAUAUGUUUCUUUGAAAUCCAAAAUAGGUAAGAUGAGUCAUAAGUCAUUCAGGAAGAGAAAAAAAAAGCAUAUUGAUGACUUAAUUUUAUUUCAAAAUGCUGUGAGUAAUUCGCUGUAUUAGUUGUAGUUUGGUACACUAGCACAAAAUGUUUUCAUUUUUGUUCGGAAUACGCAAAAAAUAUUGUGAUUAUAUGAGAAUCCUCUAUUUCAAUCUGAAAAACAAUUACUAGUAUAUUUUAUUCAGCAUUGGAAAAAAUGAAAACUUUGUGCCAUGUAACUACGUCAAACGAUUAAAUGUUCAUUCACAUUUUUUGCUUAAUAAACUUAAUUUUUU